AAUUUUAGGAAAUUUUGGAGCGCGCGUCCUCGAUCCAGCAGCUCCUUCCGCCGCCCCGCCACAUUUCAUCGCAUCGCAGCGCAUCGAUAGAGAGGCUCCUCUCGAUCGAGAGCAUUUCUAGGGAUUUCUUGAAGUUUUCGUGUUCCGGAAGGAUCGUGUUCUAAGCUCGCGCAGCUUCCUCGAGGCUUCCUCCAAGACGGCGUGCGGCAUCACCGCCUACAUUCCGCGUCAUCGGUGGAUGAGCCGCCCUGAGGAAUCGGCGGUUGGAAGGUCAACGAGAUUGUUUCGUUAGCGGGAGGGAUCCCUCUCUUUUAUUGCUGGAUCGUUUUGGAGUCAGGGUAGCCGUGGAGAAGAUCCAUCCAUCGUUUGGAAAAAGAGAGGCAUCGGGCUUUGAUCGGGAACAUGGGAGUUUGCUUCUCGGUGCCCAAGCGGCGAAAACAGGAUCCAGCUACUGGAAAUGCGAAAUCGCGAGUGAGACCGGCUGGGCACAACAGGAAGAACAACGCAAUCCCUCUUGGGCUACGCACAAAUUUUGGGUAUGGCAGGGACUUUAAGAGCAAGUAUAGGAUCGGAAAGCUUCUCGGGCACGGUCAAUUCGGGUACACUUACUCGGCGGUGGAGCUCAUGACUGGAGACAAAGUGGCUGUCAAACGAAUCGAGAAGAAGAAGAUGCUACUACCGAUUUCCAUCGAGGAUGUGAAGAGGGAAGUGAAGAUACUGGACGCUUUGUCAGGCCACGAGAAUGUGGUCCAGUUCCAUGCUGCUUUCGAGGACGAUGAGUUCGUCUACAUCGUCAUGGAGCUGUGCGAAGGUGGAGAGCUUCUCGAUCGAAUUCUAGCAAAGAAGGAAGGGAGAUACACGGAAAAAGACGCGGCGGUUAUUGUCAGGCAAAUGCUGAGAGUUGUUGCUCGCUGCCACUUAAACGGUGUCGUCCAUCGUGAUUUAAAGCCAGAGAACUUCUUGUUCAAGUCCCAGCAAGACGACUCUCUUCUCAGAGCCGUAGAUUUUGGCUUAUCGGACUUUAUCAGGCCUGGAAAGAGAUUCCAUGAUGUUGUUGGAAGCGCGUACUAUGUAGCACCCGAAGUACUGAAAAGAAAGUCUGGGCCAGAGUCCGAUGUUUGGAGUGUAGGUGUCAUCACAUACAUAUUGCUAUGUGGACGGCGACCUUUCUGGGACAAGACGGAAGCUGGAAUCUUCAAUGAGGUGCUGAAAAGAAAACCUGAUCUUCGAGAAAGGCCAUGGCCAUCCAUUGGCUCAAGUGCCAAAGAUUUUGUAAGGAAGCUCCUUGUGAAAGAUCCCCGUGCCAGAUUAACUGCUGCGCAGGCUUUAUCUCAUCCUUGGGUACGUGAAGGAGGCGACGCUCUGGAAAUCCCGCUGGACAUCUCUGUACUUUCGAACAUGAGGGAGUUUGUGAAAUACAGCCGGCUGAAGCAACUUGCCUUUCGUGCUCUGGCUACUACACUCGAUCCAGAGGACAUAGCAGCUUUGCGUGACCAAUUCGACGCUAUCGAUGCCGAUAAAAGCGGGAGUAUAUCACUAGAGGAGAUGAAACAGGCUCUAGCCAAAGACCGUCCCUGGGACCUGAAAGAAUCAAUGGUCAUGGAGAUCCUACAAGCUAUGGACUGUAACUGCGACGGCCUUGUCGAUUUCGAAGAGUUCGUGGCAGCAACGCUGCACGUUCAUCAGCUGGAGGAUAUGGGCUCCGAUAAGUGGCAGAAGCGUUCCAAGGCCGCGUUUGACCAGCUCGACGUCGACGGAGACGGCUACAUUACGUCAGAAGAACUCAAGCAGGUAUGUUCCGCGAAGAACCACGACUUUGGUCCGUCGACAAUCGACGAAUCUCUCAACCCGAAACUUGGCUUGCAGUACACGGGGUUGAAAGGGUCGCUUGGCACGCUCUUGGAGGAGGGAGAUAUCGAUGGAGACGGGAGGAUCAGCUUGGCCGAGUUCCAAAAGCUACUCCGGCAAGCAAGUUUGGGAUCACGAAACUAACAGUAAGGUCAGGAAGAAUCCUUUCCUUGGCCGCAUUCUUUUUGGGUAGUGUAUAGACUGAGGGACAGGCCCACGCUACUCGCAGCAGCAACAAAGCUGGUGUACAAACCAAAGGUUUUUACUUUUUUGUCAAAUUGUACAAAGAACGGGGACCAUUUUUCCCAUGUAAAACUUUCGCUGGUUACAAAGAGAAACAGUGGAACAAGAAAAAUAAAGCCGAGUUUUUCUUGUCA